GUUGCCGCAAACCUUGUCCCAGGAGGGAAACAGAGUAUCGUGACAGCUUCUAGCGAGCCCUAUCAACCUACAGCGGGAUCAUCGCGCUUGUGGUGGGGCAUCAGCGAAGGAAAAGGACUGAUUCAGCUGCAUCUUUCGGCUCGCGCUUGUCGGAGAUCAGGCACAAACUGGCAGUGGGAGCGAAGAGAGAGAGAGAGAGAGAGCUGAGAGAGAGAACCCUUCAUGUGCACCCACACGCGGGAAAUGGGAGAGGUGCUGCUGUGCACGACGGGAGAGGAGGACGAGACCAAAGCAAGACGUCUCAGCAUAGGCGACGGAAGCCAAACGACCAUCUCGAGUUCACCCGUGUACUCGCCGACCACUAGCGAGGCUAUCAACGACGUUGUCGGCGACAACGAAUCGGAGGACAACUUGCGCCCCGCCAUCACGAAUGGCACAAACGCCCUGGCUGCGAGCAGCAGCAGCGGCAGCAGCAACAUGGACGAGCGAAUAGCAAGGGGUAGACCAGCAGAACAUGAACCACCACAACGGCAAGGGGCAUCUCCGGCAUCAACCCAACAGCAGCGAGCGCACGCCUUGUUCGCCGACCUGGGGCUGUGGGAGCGCAUCAGCCAGUACCAGGAUGGCGAGAGCGGGUCGGACUUCUGGAACGGUGACGUCGCUGCCGCAGAGGGACACCUGUCGCUGAUGAUCUCCAAGCACGCCGAGGGCGACCCCCUCUCUUACACCCACCUGGGCUUGAGCAGGGCAGCGAAGAACGGCCGGAUGGACGUCGUGCGGUGGAUGCACGACUACACCGACGUGCCGCAAAUGCCGAGCGCGAUGGACUCUGCCGCGGCCGGCGGACACCUCAAGAUUGUCAAGUUCCUGGAAGAGCAUCGCGGUGAGGGUAAUUGUACUCGCUUCGCCAUGAACGGAGCCGCGGCCGCGGGGAACAUGGAGGUUGUCAAGUGGCUGCACGACAAUCGUACCGAGGGAUGCACGGAGAAGGCCAUGGACGGAGCAGCGGCCAACGGCCACCUGGAGAUGGUGGAAUGGUUGCACAACAACAGACAAGAGGGUUGCACGACCGACGCGAUGGACGGUGCGGCGGAGAACGGGUCUUUAGAGGUAGUCAAGUGGCUUCACCACAACAGGCAUGAGGGGUGUACGGGCGACGCUCUCUUCCUCGCAGCCAAGACCGGCCACGCGGAUGUGGUGGCGUGGCUGCUGAGACACCGCACGGAGCGGUGCCCCGCGAACCGCAACAUCAUGGACUGGGUGGCCAAUCACGGCCACCUCAAGGUCCUCAAGGUGCUGCACGAGGCCCGGGUAGAGGGUUGCUCCUCGCGAGCCAUGAAUUGGGCCGCCAAGAACGGUCACCUUGAGACUCUGAUCUGGCUACACGAGAACCGCGCAGAGGGUUGCACCCGGCCCGCGAUGGACGAAGCUGCAGGGAACGGUCACCUUGAAGUCGUGCAGUGGCUGAACGCGAACCGAACGGAGGGCUGCAGCAUCCGAGCGAUGAACCACGCGGCCCUGAACGGGCACCUUAACGUGGUGAAGUGGCUGCACGAGACCCACGUGGGGAACUGCACGAACAACGCGAUGGACAACGCCGCUAAGAACGGGCACCUCGACAUCGUCAAGUUCUUGCACUUCAACAGAAAGGAGGGCUGCAGCACGAACGCCAUGGAUUGGGCGGCGGCAAGGGGGCACACGGAGGUGGUCUACUUCCUCAUCGCCAACAGGAAGGAGGGAUGCACGGAAAAGGCCUUGGAUUGGAGCUCGCAUGGUGGUCACGACACCAUCAGCGAUAGCCUCAGAGGGGUCAAGGUUCGGAACGGCCCAAUAGGAGGAGGUGGAGUCGCCGGGGUAGAUGGCGGAGGCUGCUGCAUAGUUUCCUAAGACAAUCUACUUACUCCCAAAAAGAGAAGCUGACGAUCAUGUGUCUUGUUUCUGGGCGGGGUGCCUAUACUUUAUAUAUACUACGUGCCUAUUGCUUGUUUAUAUACUACGAAGGACUGCAUAUAACGGUGUGUGAGCGGCUGCUACGAGGGUAUGUCGUGAACGAGUGCGAGACAGAUCGUCUCGGAGACGAAUUGGGACGCUUACACGAGUAUGUACUAUAUGGACAUGCUGAUGACCUUUUCUUUUGACUCUCCUUAUCCCGGCCUGUGCUCAUGCCAGCCGCCCUGAUCGGAAGACACACUUGUGCAAUUAUUCCUCCGUUCCGUGGUUGGUGUUGCAGCCGCUGAGGCUUUCUGUAGUGGUAUGGUAGCAAAUUAGCUGUCGUUUAUUUUUUCUUCGCGCAACGAGCUUGUUGAUGAUUUGGCGAUCGAAGGCAAAGGGCUGCAGUUCCUUUCCCCCUCCCUUCCUUUCCUCAUGAAGGGGUGGGUGAAACCAAAUCAUUCGUGACUGGAGCAUCAGUGUUGCCAAUGUUUCAGUUUUCUAGGCGUGCGAUUCCCCUCCCAGGGGCACUGCGUGGCAUCAUCGAGAGUCAGCAAAGUGACACAUCGUCCGAGGAAUACCCGCACGCCCCGGUUGUUGUAGUUUUCAUGUUUUCGUUGUUCUGGAAAAGCGGGACCCUGAAUUGCCGGUUUGGCUGACGGGAAAACUGUAUAUUUCGUUGUUGUGGAAAAGCGGGAUCCUGGAUCGCCGGUUCGGCUGACGGGGAAAAAAACAAUCCCCAUGUUAUGCUAUGCAUGCGUCAUGGACGAGACUGUCGUUUCGUGGUGCUGAUUGGUUUGUUGCUGCUCGAAGGAGGUAACUCACUUGGGAGGGAUUUUGGUUUGGUGCCGGAUUGUAGCAGCACAGGCGCGGCUCUGAGAUCCUGAAUGGGAGAUUGCCGGCAACGGUGGGCGGGGGAAGAAGGCGUAGGGCUUGACGUGAGGUCGUCACAAGAUGGUUGUUGGGCCAUGUUGUCCGUGUUGUCUUGUCGACGGCGGUGGCGGUGGUCAUAGUGGUGGUGGGACGGUACAUGUGGCGUAGUGUCGGCUAGCUGGCAAAGGACCGAGGCCUGCGUGCAAGGCUCGGUCUCCCCGUGAGGUGUAAGUGAGAGGGCAUUGCACCCUUCCUGAAUGCGAUAGUGCAUACGAUGGAAGGAGCGGGAAGUGUUGGUAGUAUAUUAGGGAAGUGAUUUGGGUGGCAUGUAUGUGUCAUUUUUAAAGACCGUUUCCCGAUUAUUGUCCUUUUCUUGUUUUUUGUUUGCGUAUGUUGUUCGAAAUAUGACGGGAAAGCUCACACGUGAAACAAAUGUGGAGGAUCAAGUUUGGUUUUGCGGCUCAGCUUUUUUUUGUCGGUUUAAUCAAAGAAGCCGAACAGCGCGAUGUUCUACAGUAGUCCCACCUUGCUUGCGGAGGCGGCCUCCCAUAGUUGCGAAAGUCGAUCAUGCACGUACAUACGCCUGCAAUCAUCGAAAGCUGGGUAGUUCGUAUGGUAUCGAAAGGGCGGCGGGGGGCGGGAGUGUACUAAUGUCAACGCAUGCCGUGGUCGGUAGACCAUGAAACAGACCUCGCAUCCAUCCCUAUGGUGCAGGGACGGAACGUAGGCCGGGUUUUCGCCGGCCCAGCGGUAAGGCGGAGAAAGUGUGCUGUUUUUCGUCCGAUUCCGUAGAGAGUGUUGUUGUGCUUACUUUGGGGAAGCACUUGUCUGUCGUCGACGGGGAAGAGGUGCCGCUCAGAAAUCGAGCACUGUCGAGUCUUCUUGUACUUUUAAGCGUUGGUCGACUUUGGGUUGAUUCGUGACAGUGGUUUCGCGCCGCCUCGUGAGCUCUCUCGGCAAAUGUGCACGCAGGGAGGGAAGCAUGCUCCCCUCACUUGGACUUGGAGCGUACCCGAUACGCGCGUAAAUGUCGCUUGUUGUGCCUGGACCAUAGUUGUCUGUUUUUUGCACGUUUUUGUGGCGGUGUGUCUAUGGUCUCGUCUCAUCUGUUCUGACAAGAAUCCAUACACACCAUUCGAUACUAUUUAUGUAUACAUUUGACGUAUCAGCCGGGGGGGCAAAGCGGGCAACACGGGGGCUAUCACUUCUUUCAGUACGUAUUCUAGCAUGUCGAGCGGUUAGCCUGUUACGGGUGGGGAUGUCCAACGUUGAUGUAGGUAGUUGAUGUAGUUUUGUGUACCAAACUAUUGGAAGUGAUAUCACAUGUAUUCGAAUUAGGGUAGGAGUGAGUUGAUGCAUCGCUGCGUUACAGCCGCCGGGUGCUCCUUGUUGAAUUCGCUCCUCCACCCGCGGCAGCAAAUCCAACCUGUUUGCCACCACGAUCAUUCAUGAUGGUCUCGAUACAAGUGCAUCACGUGUGUACAGCAGUACCGAUCUUUCUCAGGGAAUAGAUGCGAUUGGUGGAUAGAGAGGGAUGGAUGGUAGAACGAGCGACGAGGUGGAGGCUAGAACCACAACAAAAGCCAACUUGCAGACGAAACAUUUUGGUGCCUGUACUUGACUUGUCGUCUUGGAUUUUUGGUCGAGCCUGUGGGUAAGAGUCCAUCCUUCAUACACAUCUAAUUCUUCUUUUUUAGCUUGGUCUGGCCACAUGUGUUUGCCGAGGGCGACAACAUGAUGUGCAUUUAUCAUUUGUGUGUCAGAGCUACCAGAUUAUUAGUAUCAUGUACAUGUUUGCAGGAAGCAAUAAAACUGAACUUCAAAACCAAUCGACGCGC